AUGUCCACACUCGGCGACCUCCAGAAGCGUCUUACCGCCAUCUUCACGGAGGCGAAGGCACAGUAUAUCAAGCCCCAGGACGUCAUUCCACCAGAAGUGCAGGCCCACUUCGGGGACCUCAAGGAGCUGAAGACUGCGAGGGAGUACAUCAAGGAAGUUGAAGAGCGGGAGAUGGCGCUGGUGGAUCGCAAUGAGGACUUAGAAAAGGAGUUGAAGCAGGCGAAGCAAGCCGUGGAAGACCUACCAGAUGACCACAAGCAGCGCCUCAUCGACCUUCAGCAGGCGCAGCACCAGAUCAAAUUCUACAAAGACCUCAUGGAGUACGCGGAGCAGCGCGCGUUGAACUACCAGGCCAAGUGGCAAGAGGCGCUGAAGAAGCAAGCCACUGCUGAUGAAGCGCAGCAGAAGAUCGAACGCCUAGAGGCAGAGUGCUACGAUCAUAAAGCCGUUAUCGUGAAGCUCAUCAACGAGAACCACGGGGCGCAUGACAUCUAUGACUCCAUUCGCGAAAAGGACCUCAAGGCGCUGGAAGACAAGGAAGUCAAGCUGAUGGAGAUGGAGAAGUUCGUCCAGGAGACGGAGGACCGGUAUAAGCAGGUUGAGGAGGAGAAAGAUCAGUUUGAGCAGACUUACGAUGGACUGAUCGAAAAGCUAGACGGUGAGACUUCCGAAGUCGCCGCCGCGCUGAACAAUACCAGUGGGCGCCUCCGCGUCGCUGAACGUCUUCGCAUCGCGACCGUGUCCGAAGUCACACCGCUGCGGAAGUUCUACGAGAGCGCGCACUCCAUUAUUUCAAUUUACCAACACAUCUUUCAGGGUCUGCUGAACACCGAACAGCCGAAAGUUCAGUGGAUUCCCGACGCUCUGCGGGCGAGUAUCGAUUCCGCGGCGAAGGAGUGUGAAGCUUUCUAUUUCCUACGACAAGCCAUCGAUUCGGAGGGCAUUGAAAGUGACGAGGUGCGAGACCAAAUUAACCUGUUGGGGCGAUCGGCCGUGCGCAUGCAUGGCUCGCUGGAAGCUAUUGCUGGGGAUGUGUCGCGGUUUCUAGCGACGCUGCGUAGGCGGCCGGAUGUUUGGCAGUUGGUGAAGAUGAAGUUUGGGAUCCUCACUAGACGGUAG